AGAAGCGGAGGACCAAUCGCUCGAUGGUAAUAUUUCAGUGGGGAGCGAGCGUGUGUGAGGAUGAUCCACCACUGCUGCUCCUCCAUCCUCCAUCCUCUUCUCCCCUCUCCUCGUGUCCUCUCCGCGCUGCGCUGGAACCAUCAGCUGUGGAAUAGGCUCCGUUAACGCGGUAAAAAAAAAGAAGGAAGACACUCACACGUCCCGCCGAAAUCUCGACUUUAAGACUGGCCUCUCCCACAUUAGGUCAUGGAACACCAUUUCCUCAUGAGACUGUGGUGAGACAAAAGCAGCCCUGUCGCGCCCACAGCGCCCCCUUUCGGCCCGGACGGCCCACCACGCCCCGGCGCCUAUAAAAGGGUACCAUGUCAGUCGUAGCAUGUCUCAGCAUUCCUCUGGUGGUGGUGGAGGAGGAGGAGGGCCCUGCCACUGCACUCCUGAGAACUGUGACGGCUCGGGCAGGGACUACUACCACGGUCACAGUGAUGGCCACUAUUACCAACCAGGAGGUCCAGCUGAGGCUCUGGCGCUGGAGAGGCAUCACUCACAUUCACAUUCACACUCCCAUAGCCACUCUGGAGGGGGAACCUUUCCCCGAUCCCACCCCAGCCAGCACCCACCCCUCCAGUCAUUUGACUCUUGUGAAGAGUGCCUGUCCUCAGGCCAUGGAGGAAAGAUGCAUCGCAUACCUCCAAACCUUAUGGACCAGUUUGAGAAGCAGGUUCCCUUCCAUCCAGAUGGCUUCCACACACUGCAGUACCAGCGCACUGCAAGCAGAGGAAGUGAGCCAAGAAGCGAGAGCCCAUCGCGCAUCCGCCAUUUAGUCAACUCUGUGCAGCGCCUCUUUGCCAAAUCUCAUUCGCUGGAAGCACCAUCCAAACGGGAGUACAAUGGCACAAGAGGAGGUGGAGACUAUCGCAGUGAGAGAGGAGGUGGGCACAGGAGUGGAGGGGAAGAUGGCCACUACUCAGGCCACCAGUCUCGCUCCACUAGGAGGAGCAAGUCACGAGAGCGAAGCAAGAGUGGAGACUCACGUCAUGAGUCAGGCAGACGCCACCGCAGCAGGACAGUGGGUUGGUGGAGCUCUGAUGACAACCUGGACAGUGACAGCAGUUUCUUGGUAAGCGGGGGCAGACGGGGGUAUCCCAGUGGACACGAGAGCCUGGAUGCUGCCAUUCAGGAGCUCACCAUGAAGAAACCAAAGGAGCGUGGUGGCGAACCUGGGUCCGGUGAAUGCAUAGCAUGUACUACUAUGGCUCUAACUGGAAGUGAGGGAGGAGAAUACCACGGGCACCAUGGUCACUCUUUGAAGAGGAGCACCUGGUCAGCCAUGACAGUUAGUCAAGCCAGAGAGGUUUAUCCUUCCACGAGGGGUGGCGGUUACGACAAAGCUCUGGUGCCCUUGGAGAGCAAGCUGAAGGAGAGAACCUUCCACUAUCUGCAAGUCCCUUCAGAAGACUGGGGAGGUGGAUACAGUGGUAGUGGAGCAGUGGACAGCGGAGGGGAGAUUCCCUGUCGCCGAAUGCGCAGUGGCAGCUACAUUAAGGCCAUGGGUGAUGAUGACAGCGCCGAAUCAGAAACUAGCCCUAAAGCUUCCCCUAAGUCUACUCUUGUUGCCCAGAGAGACGCCUUCAGACGAUCCAUCAGCAUGGAUCAAAGGUACUCGUGUAAGCAGUGCCCAGAUUCUUACCCCAACAGCAGAACUGCCCCGAAAACCCACGCUCGCUCUCGCAGUUACACUCGCUCUUUGACCAGCUCACAGCUGGGAGACACGCUGAACCACCAGUUUGAGGCUGUUUGUGAAACUGUGUUCGGGGAGGUGGAGUCCCAGGCUGUGGAGGCUCUGGACCUUCCCGGUGUGUUCCGCACUCGCAGCCACAGCUACAUCCGUGCAAUCCAGGCUGGCUGCUCGCAGGAUGACGACUGCCUCUCCGUCUUCUCCAUGUCGGGCCCCCAGGGCACCAUCAAGAGCGGGGCCGUCUUUCCUUAUCGUAAAGGUGCUCCUCCCCCACUCCCACCUCGCAUGUCAAAGUCUUCUCUCUCGGUGCGAGCCCAGAGCAGUACUGAGUCCACCCAGGAUGCCUACUUCCAAGGCAGUGGACAGAUGGCUCCGGGCUCAGGCCCCGGGCGUCCCAAGCAGCACAGUAACUCAGUGGACUUGGGCAGCGCAGAUGGGCUCUCAGGUCGGACCUCCAGUAGAGGCUACUACACGGCCAGUGGACCUGGUCAUUCCCGCCAGCACAGCAACUCUGCAGAGAGCCUGGAUGGAGUCAGGGGCUCAAGGGAGGUGGUGCCCUAUUAUGGGGGCCCAGGGAUGGGUGUGAGGGCCAAACACAGCUGCUCAGCUGACAGCCUGCUGGACGGUCUGCCAAGACCAGUGAGGGAAAGGGACAGUAGGGUGGGGGGCAGUCUGGGGAAGUCAUCCUCUCUUCCUCAGAACAGCAUAGUACUAAAUAAAGUGGGGGGGCAGGAUGACGGACGUGGCGGCAGGAAGUGGACACCUUCCAUCGCUGUGCAGGUGGACAGCUCAGAGUCUCUGUCAGACUCGGACAUGGAGGGAAAGGCCCUUACAGAGGUGCACUCUGUAGGAAUCCAGGUGGAAGAUGAGAAAAGGCGUGCUCGUUUCAAGCGCUCCAACAGCGUGACGGCGAGUGUACAGGCCGACCUGGAUCCUGAGGGCUUCCCGGGGCGCAGCAUCUCUGUGCCAAUGCAAGAUAAAAGUCUCCAGUUCGGCUGCUCCUUCCAACGGCACUCCUCUGAGCCCGAGUCUGCGAGCCAGUACACAGAGUGCCAUCGAACAGUCCACACUCAGGGCCAGUGGGCCUACAGAGAGGACCUAAUCCAGGGUGGCUACACCACAGAGACCUGCCCAGUGGACUCAAAGCCCCACCAGCCCCCCCACUUGCCUCCUCGUGCCCAUUCUCCUUUACCCGUUACCUCCGAGCGAGCUUGGAUGGCCACACCAUCCAUAGAGGGCCCUAGGAGCCUACCUGACUCUGGCCGGACCUCCCCCUGCAUGAGGGAUGGGGAGUUCUUCCUCCGCCUGCUGCAGACAGAGGUGGAGAGGAUGGAGGGGUGGUGCCAGAACAUGGAGAGAGAGGCAGAAGAGAAUGAACUUCCUGAGGAGGUGCUUCAGCUCAUUCGAAAUGUGGUUGGCAGUGCCCAAAUUCUCAUGUCCCAAAAAGUUCAGCAGUUCUUCCGUCUCUGCCAGCAAAGUGUGGACCCCACUGCCUACCCCCUGCCAACGCCACAGGACCUGGCAUCUUUCUGGGAUCUGCUCCAGCUCAACAUAGAGGACGUGAGGGUCAAAUUUCAGGACCUCCAGAGGCUCAAGGACUCUGGUUGGAGGCUCCCACCUGAAAAGAAGGAGGAUAAGAAGCUUCCUCCUCCCUUACCAAAGAAGCCCAUGGGUGGGGUGAGCGGCAGCCUCCGAGCUGAUAGUGCGGGAGACGGGGUGGUUGGAAGUGGAGGAAGCGGGCCGGGAGGCCUGGUGGUGCCACGCAUCGGAGGCCACACCCUUCCAAUCAGAGAAAAAUCUCUUGAACUCGGAGACCGCCAAAGGACAGAGGCUAGGAGGAGGCUACUGCAGAAGCGUACUGCGUCCUUCAGGCAGAACUCAGCCACGGAGAGCGCCGACAGCAUCGAGAUCUACAUCCCCGAGGCUCAGACUCGUCUCUGAACACCAGACUGAUGUGUCACCCUCUCCUGUGACCUCUGGAUCUCCUGCGAGUUAUUUCUGUUUUCAAGCUACACCCCCCAACACCACCAUUUUGCAUCACACUUACUACACAAGCAAUGACAGCCAUUUUAGUGUCUUGAAAUUCAAACGCUUUACCAACAUGGCCUAGACCUUCAACAGUCCCUAGAGGAAGAGAUUUUUACUUCUUGAUCUCUGAAUUUCUUUUUUAUAACCCUUUUGGCUGACGUGGUGACAAACAGUCCACUUUUGUAACAGUAGUCAGCGGAGGUUCACGUCGUAGCAUGCCUGAGCGUGUUCACUUAGCACAUAAAGGGCUUAACAGGCACAAGACCUCAAACGGACCCUCCCGGGGUGGAUCCCUAAUGCCAUUUAAACCAACACUGACUCGGUUUGUAGGCUUUCUGGUUCACCACGUAUCCGUAACCUUCACUGAUGCUCUAUUCCCUCACAGUGAGGGAGAUCAACUCCUGAGGAUCGGAAGCCCACCGAGCGCUUGUACCUUACACUCAGGUGCCAUCUAGCAACACGGGCACUGGAGCACAAAGCUGGUUGUGUCUCAUUCGUUUUGUCCUAUCGGCUGCUCUCUGCUUCCAGCAGCGAGGCUCUUCCAAUGUUCUGCUGUUGUGAAGAGCGCACACAAGCACCGUGUAGCAUCACAGCUUAGUGCGUCACAUGAAAAAUGGAUGAAAGUAGAGCUCCUUAUGUCGUCUCCAUGAAGCUCCCAAAGUACACAGGAGAGGUUUGUGGGAGUUUUUAGGUGGGGUGGAACUUAUUCUGGUGGCUUUCUAGACUUACUUGACUUUUCACUGUGAGAGUAAAGCACCACCAAGUGGUGCAAUGAGGAUGCGUCGUGACAACAGCCAUGACAGAAGAUGGGUUUCUUUACUUUUUUAUUUGAAUUACAGAGCUUUAUGUUCUUUUGGACUCUGCUUGAAUGGAUGUUUACACUGCACUGAUGAACGAAGGACGGAUUUUGUUGGUCAAAUGGUUAGCAUCUCUCCAACAUCCUCCCAGUCAGCAAGGAUCCCAACAAAAGGGUUGUUUCAACAAAAACUUCAUAUAUUUGAUCGUUUUGUAGAAAAUAAGUAACAUUUAAGAUGAGUUCAGCUAUUUUUGUUUGUUGUGAUACAUUUUCCUUCCUCUUAAUUUACAUCCUGACACUAUUUGGAGUGUUUUUACAGUUUGGAGUUUCAAACGAGUUUCUGAAUGAGUCUUGUUUGCAAGGUUAACGUCAAAGGAGGAGGUUUUAUUAUGGUAAUUCAUAUGGCUUUUGACUUGUGUGUGAAUGAAUAUGAAGCUCAGUUAAUCCUCCAAGAGUCCAAAUCUUCUUUUUGCAGGAGAGAAAAAGAACAAAACAUGAGAGCUUUUAAGCAUGACUUUGUUUCUUUUGGUUUGUUUUUGAGUGGAAGAUGUUUGCAAAAACGUGAUAUUUUAUUGGGAGAUGUAUAUUUUAUAAUAUAAUCUACAUUUCUAGAUGAGUAGAGAUUAUUCAGUACAGUAUAUGUACAAAAAUCAUAUAUCAAAUGUGAAAUACUGUUCUAUUAUUAUGAUAGAUUAUAGCAUUGUGUUAUCCCACAGCUACGUGGCAUAUCCAGACCCAGUACAUGUGAAAAUGGAUUUCAACUGCUGUCAUCUUGAAUUUGUGAGUCAGGUUCACAGGGUAUAACUAGCACAGUUAGCCGUGUAUGAUCCUUUUUGGCCUCCUAAAUAUCCGUCUGUGGUUCUCACAACCUGUACUGCUGUAGCCCACCACCCACCCAACCCCAUUAUCCCUCUUUAGAAGCAACUACAUGUGCCUAACCAGCUAUAUGUGGAGGUUUCCUUUGAACACGGUUUACACUUUAGAUAUAAUAUAAGGAUAUGUAAAUAGGAAGGUAUGAAAUCUUGCUGAGAAUAUGGUUAAAGACAAAGUUUAUAUUGUACUUAAUCUCCCUCACAUUCACUUGCAAUACACACCCAAGACUGGCACGUUCUCUCCGUGUUAUUGCUGCAUGUUUUCUGACGGCAGCCUCUGGAAAAUUUAGCUAAGUCUCAUUUUUGAUCGAAACAAGCAAAGGAGAUUUUGUAGCCUUCAAUUAUUUUUGUGAUCGAAAAAAGAAAAACAAAUUACCAGAAUUUUACAACAGUUAUUAUGAAGAGUCACUUGUUUGUACAAUUAUAUCCUUUUUGGAGACGAUGCUACUGGCAUCCUUGGAAAUUACGAUUGAUGUUUUUUGCUUUUGAACUUCUAGGGAUGAUUUUAACAACCUUCUUGUAAAACAAGCUGCCCCGGCAGUGAGACAUGAAGGGCAUCAUGUUUAAUUCAUCUGCAUCAGCGCGAGCUGCAGAGCUGCCUUUUCCCCAUUACCCCUGUGUCUCCUCUACCGCCAAGCUUGACAACAUCUACGCGGUGUUCAUCGCGGCCCUCAUCAAACGAAGCACAAAGAAACUGCUUUACUACUGUGUCGCCACUGUGAAGGACUCUUGACUCCACCCUUACGAUCCUCAGUCCUGCAUACGACGGCAAGGUCUUUCAACAACAAGCUUCCCUUGAGCGCCUCCAGGAAUCAACGGCUUUUGUUGGAUUUCUAACCACAGAAGAAGCUUCUUCAUAUCUGGUGACUUUUUCCUGUAAUCCUUACAAGUUGAGGUGUGAGCCAGCAGCCUUGCCUUGAAACAGGUCCACUGCAAUUACUGUUUUGUUAUGGUUGUGAUUUAUUUUUCUCCAGUAUUGUGUAUAAGUUGUUACAUAUCUGAACAGUUUGAACUUCAGUUCCUGAGCACCCAUGAAACUUAGCAGACAGACCACCAUCUGCCAUUUCUGCUCAUUCUAGAAGUGCAAAAACCCUGUGUAAAAAGACAAAUCAACUCUUAAGUACCUCAGUUUCCAGCAGCAAUAGGCAUGUUUCCACUUCCGGAACUUCGUGGUAAAUUUACAGGAACUUCCUGGCAUCUCACUGGGCCGGCAGAAUGGCCAUUGUCCGGGCCAGUUUCAGGAAGUUUCGGAGUAAAAGGGGUAGGGACUUGGAAUGGCCCGGUGGAGUAGCUGAGUGGAACGUUUGGUUAACUCUCGCCGAUUGGUUGUAACCCAGUAGGAAAUGACAUCAACAGAACAACCGGCAUUGGAAGUUUCUUGUGAAACUGAAUGGAAUAAAAAUAAGCACAGCUAGUGCAGUUUUAAAAUCGCCAUUACUAAACUUCCAACACCGAAAAACCCUGCAGAAUUCCACCACAACUACAUCAUUCAUGGGGCUUGUUGUCAAAGAGCACCAUGAAAAACAGAGCUUCUUCUGGUCAUUGAACGCCACAUUUUAAAUAAUCCGAAUGGAUUAAACUUUAAUGGAUUAAACGUUAAUGCUAUUGUGGACACUUUUCGGCACUGAUGACAUCACUCACUGCCGAAGCCGUCUGCUGACAUCUUAGUAAAGUCCUGAAAGGGAUGGAGACAACAGCUGAGAGGACCGGUACAUCUUAUCUCCUAGUCAGUUUACCCGUUCUAGAUUUCACACUGAAGUUCCUAUGAUGAAACCACACCUAUGUUUCCUGUCCCAUCCCAGGCCUCUGUCCUCAGGGGAUUCUCUAGCACCACUACAAAACCCUGAAAACACAGGGCUGGAUUCGGCCCAUGACGGAAGGGAAACCGACCACUCGCCUCUUGAGCCCAGAUUCUCUUUUAGCCAUUUUAUUCCAAGACUAUAGAGCGCAGCGUAAGGCAGCAGCGGAGGCAGAAGCCUAAUCGUAGCCAAUUUACAUGCAUGCUGUGUACUGUGCUUCUGCGGCAAAGCAGAGCUGGAAAGAUGUAGUAGCAGCAGAUUAGAGUUUUGAUUUGACAUCCCCGUAAGGCAGAGCUGCUCUGGAGUACAAAGGUUGUGGGCAACGUCACAUCAGAAGAUAUGAAGGCCACUCGUUAUGUUAAAAUUACAUUCAUUCAAUAAAAGAAAUGAUCAGUAACCUUUAGCUUUUGAAUGCUAGCAACAACUGUACAUCACACAUCACAGUGAUCACUGUGAAGACAAAUUUCAUAAUGGUGGUUCAUGCAAGACGUAACUGCCCAGCUUGACAUAAUAUACAAGUUUACAGAAAGCCUGUCAGCUAACAACGUUUAGCUGUUGUAGAUGUAAACUGUAAAUUGCUGCAGAAUAAUAGCAACAAAGGUGUUAUCAUACUCUUGAUGGUGUUAAUCCAGACCAACAAUGUUGUUGGUCUAGGGCCAAAAUCAACAUAGUGACUACAGUUGUGGAGGAGCUAAGCAAGUAACGCUCGACACAUAUAGGUCUUUUCCAACUCAGCGUGACUUGGGAAUGUGCGGUUUGGUCUGGCCAGCUUUUCCAAAAGCACGGUUCAGUACUCCCCCUACUUUUGCAGUCUCUGCUUUACUGCGGUUCCAGGUGCUCUGACCAUGGCCGCCAUUGCAACUAGUGGCUGGUGAUUGGCUAGGGGGUGGAGUCAUGGCUUGUUCCAGAGUUAUCCGCCUUGCUGCUUGCAACCAUUUCCUGUUUCAGAGUCUGACAAACAUCCAUAAAACUGAGUAGAUAGUUCACUACCAUUUAUCGUGCUGAGUUGUGUUUCUGUGUAGCAUGCAGAUCACCUCACACUGUUUACUGACCACCCCUGUGUGCUAUGAGGGGCACACCCACCUUUUUUCGUGGAGUUGGUGAGGAACACUACUCUGAGGUGAGCCGAGUUAACUCACGCUGUACUGAGCUGUUUUAGGUUGAGUAAUGCUGUUGGAAAAAUGGCUAUAGAGAUCUUGGAGUUGAGGCCCACAUGGGUUCUACUUUUCUUAAAGGUGUGGGAAUCUUGUUUAACCAACACAUUUGCAUUGAUCUGUGGUAGGAAUGAAUAUCUUGAAAGCCGUGAUUGGGGCAAAGAAAGCCUAGAAAAGCCUGCAUAAGCACGGACAAAUUCAUCAUAUCAGAGGAGGGCUUACUGUGGUAGAAUUUGGACUCUUAUUUCUUGAUAUUUAGACAUCUUGUUUUGGAUUGGACAGCAGAAACACCACUCUACCACUGACCGUUUGAUCUAUAAUGUUGAUGUUUUGUCUCUAGAAAUAACACAAGCCUGUGGGAACUUCUGCUGUGUGGUUGAGUUGCUAAUGCUAAUGGUUAGCAUCUGCUAGCCAAGACGUCCUGUGCUGAUUCUAGAUGCUAAAACAACAACAACAGCCUUCCCUGUUGCGAUCCAGUAAGGGUGUGUCAAAGCGACCACUUGACGUAGAUCGGUCAGGCUUCUCUAAUCCUAGAGUUUCCCUGUCUAUUUUCUAUCAGAAGCUAAUGCAGGAGGUAGGUGUGGGAGACUGUUUUCAUGUUCAGCCUGCAUGAAACUCGCAGAGUGAUUGAUUAUCAGAAAUAAUCAUUAAAAAAUGCUUUUUUCAGUGAACCAUGCCUUUAAAAGCAAGUCACCUCUAAAUUAAUACUUUUUAUUGAAUGAGUGUCAAAUAGUGCAAUAGGCAUAGUCAUUAUUUUGUAACUCUAUCUGCUCUUGACUCAAAGCAAACCUCAAGUCCAAAUAGUUCAAACGUUUAUGCCAAAGCCUUUACAAACGAUCCAUCGCCAUACUUUGUUGCAUCAUCCUGCCCACCAAACCAAUAUAGCGCUGUGAUUGGCAUAACACAAUGCUGCUCAAGCCAAUGAGCUGUUGAGGCUACGAUGGAGCGUGGCUCCACAACAUGCAACGCAAAAUCAUUUUGCUUCGGCAACUAUCUUUCUAGAUUUCUAGGCUAUCAUUUUAGUGCAUCUCAUUUAAAAUUUUAAAAUUCAGCCUAGAACUGUCAAUAUUGUGCCCUCUUCAGGUUAAAACUCUGCACUACAUUUAAUUUUACUCAGCCGUUGCUAUUGGCUAAGAGGUACACAGUGAUGCUACUGCACCGAGUUAAAUUGCUGCACUGCAGCAGCAGCUGAGUCUGGUCAUGCCUUCAGCUGGUUUGGCCAAUCACAAGCCGAUAAGGCUUAGAGCUGCUGGCCUCUUUCACAUCCUCCUUAUGUUUCUCUGUUUUUGAGUGUGACUGCGGCGUGUGUGUGCUUGAGCGAGCGAGCGUGUACAUGCUCGUUAAAAGCUUGUUUCUCUGAUGGAGAAACUCCGAGGUCACGGGGUUGGGGUGGGAGAAAGCUGUCAGUCAUUGCCUCAGCGCCACUUUCAUUCCGCCAGGCAACGCAUCCUCUUGGCGCAGGUCAAACAGGAAGUGUGGAUGGAGUAAGACUCUGGGACUUUCCAGGUUAAAAAGAAGGGGAAAAAAUGACUCAUUAGUUUAGGUCAUCUCGUCAUCUAUCCCUCUUAAAGCUUUAGUUUAAAUGAGGGAAAAUGUCCUUAAAUGUAUUUGUUUCCAGCUCCAGAGCAGCUCAGACCAGAGCAGAUGUUCAACCGAAACUCCAAUGUGCCUUUAGCACUGAGGUGUAACUCUGUGUGCGUUUAUGUUGAUGUUUGUGUUGGUGUUCAGUAAUGUGGCUUUCCAGGACACACACAGAUAAAAAUGAGGGUUAGAGACAACAUAGCAAUUACUGUGUAAUUACCAAAAAAAAAAAAACAAAAAGAAAAAAACAAGUAUCUAUAUACCCUGCCACUGUCGUGUUUACAGAAGUGUAAAUACCUGUUACAAAUGUACAUUGCUCUUCUCAAUUACAUCUAUUGUUAUAACAAUAUUAUUAGUACAAUUAUUAUCAUUACAAAUGUUAAUUAUUGCCAUAUUGUUCAUUCUUGAAAUGGUGUUACGUGUAGCUUUGGAUGAACCCUGUUACCUAGGCUGUUCUAGGGCACGUCACGCGUGCGGUAACUAUCUGUGUUCAGUAAACUGCUGCUACUUAGGAGAAGGAGUAGAAGAAAAGCAAGUUGACACAAACUCUGGGAAGUAAGCUUUGAGAAUAGAAGAUCCAAACAUUAGACCCUGUCUCUUUUUACUGUGCUGUUGCUCCACUCUGAACUCACCUGCCUGGGGGAGGAAACCGAGACGAGCAUCGAGCUAAUAGACUAUUCACUUUUGGUGUUCUUACUCUAAAGAUGUAGCAAAAGGACCGAAGAAGCCUAUGUUGUGUACACCUCCUCUCCUUUCAUCUCUUGUAUUUGGAGAGAGUCCUAUAAUCACAUGCUUUUCUGUCUCUGACAUCAGCCUGACGCAUGAGUUCACUUGUUUCACACACCUUUAACUCAGUGCCAAGACAGCAUAUUGUACAUACAACCAUGCUUUUGUUUUGUCGCCGAUUAAAAAUAGCCAACUCAGGCAUAGUAGCCGAGUGGCCACAGAAAAUAGAUGUUCAUAACGUCACGGAGGGACAGCCCGGAGGAGAUGCAUGAGAAAACUACAUGUGCUGUCUGAACGGUUCUGUUUCUCAUUUUGUACAUAUUUAGUUACUUAUUUAUUGAGCUCAUAUGCUUUAUGGGUUAGAUGUGUCAAAAGAAGCCUGUUUGAUGGCGCUGAGGCUCAGAGAGAUGGCACACUGUGACGUGGUUUAUCCCAACACAGAAUGUAACACUUUCAACAUUGUCUGGACAUUUUCUAAUGACUAAUACUAUUACUAUAAUUAAUAUUAUAAAGCUAUUUUAGCGAGUUAAACAAGA